AUGACCCCAGAAAAGGACUUGGAAACUUGUCCGGCUGCGUCACGAUUGCCACGUAGUCGUGGCAGCUCAUAUAAUAGAGAGGAAAGGGAUAAAUGCUGGAAAUCCAAGGAACGCUACUUUGAAUGUCUUGAUAAAAAGGGCGAUGCCAAUUGUGGGGGUGAAUAUGAAGAGUUUUCCAAGCGGUGCCCAGAAGUGUGGGUUAAUUAUUUUGUUUCCAAACGAACAUACACGAUCCGAAUGGAGGAGGCCAAAAAACGGCUGGAAGAAGAAAUUUCAAAAUCUACAAACUGA